UAUGCAGACUGUGGAUACGUAUUACCGAAAAUCGAGCAGCACCCAAUACAUAGGAAAUGUGGCGGUGCCACUACUCUGUAUAAGUGCUCUAGAUGAUCCAUUAUGCACAAAGGAAGCUAUUCCCUGGGACGAAUGCAGGGCAAACAAAAACAUUGUCUUGGCUACAACAAAUCACGGGGGACAUCUAGCGUUCUUCGAAGGAUUAACUGGAUCUAGCUUAUGGUGGGUUCGAGCCACCAAUGAGUUUCUUGGCGCCCUUAGCUGCAGUCGUUAUAUGCAUAUACAGAAAGUAAAUAUUGAAGAGAAAAGAAGCUCAGGGAAACAAGAGCCUUUGAUAAACCAAGGCCCGUACCUAAACAUUGCAGAAGACGGGUUGGUGGCAGCAGUCAAGUACGAGAAAGACACCAAUACCACCACGGCAUCAUCGAAGCAGAGAGGACGAAAGCCUGAGGACGAUGUAACAAAGAGAAGCUUUAAGGAGCUGUGUCGGCUGACAAAACGGCCCGUAUGGUUGCUUGGUUACAUAGGCAUGGUUACAGGUUUGCCUUUACUUGGACUGCUCCUAAACUACCUCUUCCGUAAGAAGCAACGACCUACAACAACAUCCAAAUCCUGAAAGUUGCUUCCUUUCUCGACAACUCCACUCACCCGUUCUUAUAUGAUCUGUCCUAAAGGUUUUCUUAUUAUUAUUAUAUUAUUAUUGAUUUUUUAUAUGUUAAUAAUCCUCUUCAAUAAAAAUAUUGUAAUCGUUAGUGGGAUUAUCAAGUGAUUUGUUAACUCA